ACUAAUUUUUAAUUUGACAACUGACAUCAAAAUAUUUAUUAUAGAAUUUUCAAUUUCAUAUAGGUAUUUUCAAUUAUUUAACAAUUUGUACGAAUUUUAGAAUAUGGAUAAGUUAACGCUAAUAUCAGGAACGUUGUUUAUGGCAGCAGAUAUAUUUGCAAUCGUUAGUCUGGCUAUGCCAGACUGGAUAAUUACAGAUGUUGGAGGAGAUACUAGGUUGGGAUUAAUGUGGACUUGCAUGACAUUGUAUAAUCGUCCACAAGUAUGUUUUACACCCGACCUUCAACCAGAAUGGUUACUUGCUCUUGUAUGCAUUUUUGUAGGAUGUAUUUGUAUUACCACAACUAUAAUAUUAUUAGCAUCUUCACAUUGGGAUAGAAAUGUAGUACCAUAUGCUAGAUGGGUAGGAUUUACAGCAAUGGUUCUCUUCUGUCUGGCUGCAGUUAUAUUCCCAAUGGGAUUCCACGUAGAUGAAAUAGGGGGACAGCCCUACCAAUUACCAGGCAGCCAUCAAGUAGGCAUCUCAUACAUCCUUUUUAUUCUCUCACUUUGGAUUACGGUAAUCUCAGAAUUGUUUGCAGGAAAAGUAUGUCUACCACACUUUUAGUAUUGCAAGAUGUUUGCUCUACUGAUAGUUCUGUUGGCUUUGGUGUCUUUUGUUAUAUUUUAUUUUAAGGAGGGCAUGACUAUAAAAGAUGUAUUUUAUAAUUUUAUUCUUUGUUUAUUCCUACUCAUUUCACUGUUGGUAUGCAUUUUUAUUUUAUUUACUAUUUUAGUUAUUUUUUCAUUAUCUUGUAUUUUUGCUUACUCCUUAUUAUUUGUACGAGAUUAAAUGGUUUCCAAUCGUUUACUAAAUAUCUGUGAUAUUCAUUAUUGACUGUAAUGAUUAGUUAACAUCCAAUUCACAAAGUAUUUUUGUUACCCACAAAUAAAAAAAAGACAAAAACAACAAUUCAAAGAAAAAAUAGAGUUUGAUGAAGGCCUGAUUUUUCAAUCACAAUUUGAAUUGUUACUGUGAAGUUAAAUUUAAGUAAUUAUAAAUUAAAUAUUCCUUAAUUUUAAGAUUAACAUAAUUUAUUGAAUAGUUUGUGAAAUAACGCCCAACUCUAGGAUAUUCAUUAUACUGAUAUUUCUGUCUUAAGGUUUUACAUGUGGGUAAAUUUAUAGAUGCUGUAUGAAUUAGGCUAUAAGUGUUGUAAUAAUAAUACUUAUUUUAGGUAGGUAUCUGUACUUUUUUGUUAUUACUUUUAGAUUUUAAAUGGUUUGUCUCGAAUUUUAUUGGUAAUAAAUCAUUAAAGGGAA